CAGCCAGCCAUUUUCUUUUUUGUGUUUUCUUCUUUUCCCUUUUCUCCACUUUUUUUUUCCCUUCCCUUCCAUCUUGAAUCAGUGAUGGAUCUGCUCUCGGGUACUGAUGCCUCGGGUAGACAGAUUAGUCUUUUGAAUGUGAAUAAGCAAGCCAUGGUAUCUUCGUUUGGCUCUAACGCAUCCUCGGUGGACGAGGACUCGCCUUCACCCAACCAAGCCAUGUCUUCAAUAAGCCCAUAUUCAUCCGAUAACGAGAAAACUGGCUCUUCACAGACCCAAGUGCAUACUAAGCGGAAGUAUCAUUGUCGAGAGCCUGGCUGCGACAAGAGCUUCACCACGAGUGGUCACCUUGCUCGCCAUAAUCGCAUUCAUACUGGCGAAAAGAACUUUCGUUGCUUGUUUCCAGGAUGUCAAUCCAGGUUUUCAAGGCAGGAUAAUAUGAUGCAACAUUAUCGAACCCAUAUGUCGCCAAAAUCACGGCGUACCCACAAAUCCAAAUAUUCACCGGCUGAAGACCACCCGGUACCGCACUUACAUGCUCAUCACAGGUUCCGGUCCGAUUCACACCGAGUGCAACCUCCUUUGACCAUUGACCAACAUUUAAGUCAACAUCACCACCGGCAAGAAUUGCCACCGCGCAGACCCCCGCCACCCAACGCCAUUCCCAUGCAGCCUUCUUCCUCAACAUCUUCGACCACUUCGGCGUCAUCCAAAACACCCCCAUCAAGACGCUAUGGUUUUCAUCCAUAUCUACCUCCUUCUUCUUCCGGUGGUUCCAGUUCGUUCCCUGUUCCUGUGGCUAUUCGACAGAUUACCAGUAAUGGUGUCAAUUCCCCACAUAACACACCUGCUUUGACGGCAUUAUCAUCCACCACCCUACCUCCUAUAUCGCAAAUCAUGGAGUUACCAGCCACCACCGCUGCUGAUCAUCAACAGCGUUCACGUAGUAGUAGCCAUCAUCGGUUACCCACCCCACCCACCUUUUUAGACCGUUCUUUACCAUCCUCCUCACCACCAGCCUCGUUAUCGGCUCAUCCACCACGGGAUCCAUUUUUUCGUCCGCCCUAUGUAGAGAACAAUACCAACAGCCCUCCUUCUUUACUAGGACCUAUGAUCAACCGGUCUCAUGAACAUCCUCCUUCACCCUUCCGGUCUCCACCUCGAGUGGAAACCCAUGAAGAAAGUAAGGACGACGAUGAAGACGCCCUUCGCAAACGCACUGAAAUGCUCAAGCUGGCUCACAUUGUUAGUACGUUUGGUUGAUGAUACAUGGAGGAAGGGAAGAAGCAGAUGGGGUUUGCUCCCACUCUUUGUAACUGUUUGUUUUUGUUGUUUUUCUUUCUACCUGCUCUUUCUCUGUACCAUACUGUUCUUUAACCCACCCGUCUUCCCUUUUUUUCCUUCCUCCCUUUCCUCUUCUUCUACUCCCUGCUGACGGAUUCCACCCACUUCGUCAGUCUUUAGCAGU